AUGGAUCCCAUGGACAUCGAUCAGGUGGUGGCGUUUGAGGAUGCUGAUGUCGACAUUGGACCAGUGCAAGCACAGUUCAGUUUGGUAGGCAGGCUUUUGUCUCCGAAUCCGAUGUCCCAACAGUUAAUGAAUCAGGUGGCAAACGGCAUGUGGGGUACUGCGGAGAAUCAGAUCAUUGUUUAUGAGGCUGAGACGGUUUCUGGCGUUUUGUUGUGGUUGAUGAUUAAAUGUGAGAGCGCAUUAUUCAUCGGUCACCCUGGACUGUCAAAGACUUCGUUCUUCGCCUCAAGCCAUGGAGGCCAAUCAAUGCGGCUCUGCUUCGUGAAUUAG